UUCAGCUUCUAGUUCCCUUACAAACACAAACACCCCUCAAUACACAAAAACUUGCAAAAUCCUUGCAAAAUUCACCCCUUCAUAUUCCACUCUCGCACCGCUCGUGUGAGCACACUACCGUCGAUAUCCUCGCCACGCCUAAACGAUGGCGGAGCCUGCCCCUUCCUCGGUCAGCAUCGGUGGCUCUACAGUCGCUGAAGAAGAACAGAGAAAUAAACCUAUCAACCCUCUGCUCUCCCUCCUCUCGGCCUUUCUUCAGUUCUUUAAACCGCCUUCGCCGAAGCCCGCCGCUCCUGAAGAAACUCAGCCCAUUAGUCCGAAACAAGAACUUCCAAAGGAAGAAGAUAAACCUUCUGUGGUGAAGUUUCCUAAGGCGGAAUUCCCCUCCUUGAAACUCGAAUCCCAAGAAUCUGAGACCGAUACUAACCCCGUCGUCCUAUGGCAGGUUUAUGCUAUUGGUGGGUUCUUUGUUCUGAAAUGGGCAUGGAGUAGAUGGAAUGAAAGGAAGUUUAAGAAGAGGCCAUCCAAUGAAAACACACCCCCACCUUCUAUGGACUGAUUGAUUACUCACUCCAUGAGUGUUUUCUACAUGAUAGCUUUUAUGAUAUGAGUUUCCGUUUGUUGCAUUAAAUCCAUAUUGUAAAAGACUUUUAACAUUCACAAUGGAUCUAUAGCAUCUGUUUCGUGGGUUGAGAGCUGUUGGCUUAUUGGCUUAAGCUCACAAGGGGAAUGCCAUUGGUUAAAGGGGCGACUGAUUAGGUCCAAUUUUGAUCUGGGCUGAAAUUGAA